UUAUUACGUUAAACCGCUGUCGAAAGACGGGUCUUGUCGAUGUUGCCUUUUUUCGACGUGAAGCUAAUUUCGGAUGAACCCGAUCGUUAUUUGCCAGUUGGAGGGGCGUAUUUGCCAUUUAUGAAUGGUAGUGUCUAGAAAGGGUAUGUCCCUUCAGGAGAGAGGUGCCAAUGUCCAACCGGCCUAAUUCCAAUCCAGGGGGGUCACUGCGCCGUUCACAGAGGAACACUGCUGCGGCCCAGCCACAAGACCACACAGUUGCUGGAAGGUUGCAGUCAGAGCAGGUAAAACAUAAAGCAAAUUCCCCACCUGAAAGUAGAAGACCUAAUUCUAAGGCUCCCAAAGCCACAGCCAGCUCAGCCACUGGCCAGUCCAGAGGGCACAGCUCAAGAAGAAGCGGUCUUACUCUGUCCGUGGCUUCAUUUGUAUUGCAAGACGAUCCAGAGGCUGCAGGAACAUCUGAACAAGAGCGACCAGGCCACCAAUCUAAGAGUGAAGGCAACCGAGGGCUGAAGCGAAGUGAAGCUCCUGACCAAAUAAGUACCUUUGGCCCAACCCCUGCCAAGAAGCCGAAAUCACUCCCAUCACCCCGAGACAAUACCUCAGAGACCAAGAAAGGCCCAGUUAAGUCCAAGAAAAGAUCACUUACUUCAGAAUUGCCUGCAUCGUCAGGUCGAGGCCAGAGCAAGAAGAGUGUGGCCGCUGGGGCCUCGCCAAUCCAAAAACGGAAAAAAGCAGACUCUCUCCCCGGUCUUAGUAGCACCGCUGGGUCCCUCCCCAAUCGUACCGAGGGCAGAACUGCAAAACCCACCAAGCUGGCGUCUAAAUCGGCCGCCUCAGCCAAAGCUGGGUGUAGCAACGUGACAGACUCCUCCUCCUCCUCUGCCUCCACCUCUUCCUCUACCACAGGCACCAACAGCACCACCACCCAAGGCGCCCGAGUCAAACAAGGAAAAGACCAGUCCAAGGCACGUCGCUCCCGCUCAGCAUCUAGCCCCUCUCCACGCCGUAGUACACGUGACAAAGAGCAGGCCAAAGCUGCCAGCUCUUCAAAAUUUGAGUGGGCAGCACGCUUCAACCCCAAAGUCAAUCUGCCAAAACCCAAACUGUCCUUGCCUGGAUCAUCCAAAACUGAGACCUCCAAACCUGGGCCAUCAGGAUUACAAGCUAAGCUAGCAAGUUUGAGAAAAUCCACUAAGAAGCGCAGCGAGUCUCCUCCAGCAGAGCUCCCCAACUUUCGGCGGAGCACACGCCAGAAGACCACGGGCUCCUGUGCCAGCACCAGUCGGCGGGGCUCAGGCCUGGGCAAGCGCGGGGCAGCCGACGCUCGCCGACAGGAGAAAAUGGCCGACUCCGACAAUAACCAAGAUGGGGCCAACUCAUCAGCCGCUCGCACUGAUGAUGCAUCACAAGGGGCUUCAGCGUCAAGCUCGGUUGCUGGAGCAGUGGGCAUGACCACCUCUGGUGAGAGUGAGUCUGAUGAUUCUGAAAUGGGAAGGCUUCAAGCUCUACUAGAGGCCAGAGGUCUCCCUCCACAUCUUUUUGGGCCCCUGGGACCCCGCAUGUCUCAACUCUUUCACAGGACCAUAGGCAGUGGAGCCAGUUCCAAGGCUCAACAGCUUCUGCAAGGCCUCCAGGCCACAGGUGACGAGUCUCAGCAACUCCAAGCCGCAAUAGAAAUGUGCCAGUUGCUUGUGAUGGGCAAUGAGGAAACACUUGGUGGAUUUCCUGUAAAAAGUGUGGUUCCUGCCUUGAUUACACUGUUACAAAUGGAGCAUAACUUUGAUAUUAUGAACCAUGCCUCGCGUGCACUCACUUACAUGAUGGAGGCCCUCCCUCGAUCUUCUGCUGUGGUGGUCGAUGCCAUUCCUGUCUUCCUGGAGAAGCUUCAGGUGAUUCAGUUCAUUGACGUAGCAGAGCAGGCCCUGACUGCCUUGGAGAUGUUGUCAAGGCGACACAGCAAAGCCAUUUUGCAGGCCGGUGGGCUUGCUGACUGCCUCCUGUACCUGGAGUUCUUUAGCAUUAAUGCUCAGAGGAAUGCCUUGGCUAUUGCAGCCAACUGCUGCCAGAGCAUUACUCCAGAUGAGUUCCACUUUGUUGCUGACUCUCUGCCACUGUUGACUCAGAGACUUACUCAUCAGGAUAAGAAGUCAGUUGAAAGUACUUGUCUCUGUUUUGCCAGACUGGUGGACAACUUUCAGCAUGAAGAGAACCUGUUGCAGGAGGUGGCAUCAAGGGACCUGUUGACAAACAUCCAGCAGCUGUUGGUAGUGACUCCUCCUGUGCUCAGCUCGGGGAUGUUCAUCAUGGUUGUGCGCAUGUUUUCACUUAUGUGCUCCAACUGUCCAUGCCUGGCAGUCCAGCUUAUGAAACAGAACAUAGCAGAAACUCUGCGUUUCCUUUUGUGUGGAGCGUCAAAUGGCAGCUGCCAGGAACAGAUUGAACUGGUACCCCGGAGCCCCCAGGAGCUCUACGAGCUGACCUCACUCAUAUGUGAGCUGAUGCCCUGCUUGCCCAGAGAAGGCAUCUUUGCAGUUGAUGUAAUGCUUAAGAAGGGCAGUGUCCAGACAACAGAGGGAGCAAUCUGGCAGUGGAGGGAUGACCGGGGACUGUGGCAUCCUUACAACCGCAUUGACAGCCGCAUUAUUGAGACAGCCCACCAGAACGGGGAAGAUGAGAUCAGCUUGUCAACCCUCGGCCGCGUAUACACAAUUGACUUCAACUCUAUGCAGCAGAUCAAUGAAGACACGGGAACAGCACGUGGUAUCCAGAGGAAACCUAACCCUCUUGCUAACCCCAACACAGGCAGCCACCAAGAGGUCCGUCGUGAAGAUGCACGAGCCCAGUUGAUGAAGGAGGACCCUGAGCUGGCAAAGUGCUUUAUCAAAACUCUGUUCGGGGUCUUGUAUGAGGUGUACAGCUCAUCAGCUGGCCCAGCUGUCAGACACAAGUGCCUUAGAGCCAUCCUCAGGAUCAUCUACUUUGCUGAUGCAGAGCUGCUGAAGGAUGUGCUGAGGAACCAUGCUGUGUCCAGUCACAUUGCCUCCAUGCUAUCUAGUCAGGACUUGAAGAUUGUAGUGGGUUCACUGCAGAUGGCUGAGAUCCUCAUGCAGAAGCUCCCAGAUGUUUUCAGUGUUUAUUUCAGAAGAGAAGGUGUCAUGCACCAAGUGAAGAAUUUGGCAGAGUCUGAGAGCUUUUUGGUCACUAGUCCUCCAAAGGCUUGCCCUAGUGGCACCGCCAGUCUCUGCACUACCACCAUCAGCACUGCAUCCACCACAUCUGCUAAUAAUACAACUCCUGACCUGGGCUCACCCAGCUUCCAGCACAGCAUGGACGACUCGCUGGACCUCAGCCCUCAAGGGCGGUUAAGUGAUGUCUUAAAAAGGAAACGACUACCUAAAAGAGGACCUAGAAGGCCCAAGUACUCGCCACCAAGAGAUGAUGAUAAAGUAGACAAUCAGGCUAAGAGCCCUACCAGUACUCAGUCACCCAAAUCAUCCUUCUUGGCCAGUCUCAAUCCCAAGACAUGGGGCAAGCUGGGUGCUCAGACCAACAAUGCCAACUCUGAGCCCUCGCGCACAGCAGGAGUGAGUGGCCUCGCAAGGGCCCCUCCCAAGGACUCAAUUUCAAAUAACCGAGACAAAAUUAAGGCCUGGAUCAAAGACCAAGCGACUAAGUUUGUGGAGCGCUACUUCAACUCUGAAAAUGUGGAUGGCAGCAACCCCGCACUGAAUGUCCUCCAGAGACUUUGCACAGCCACCGAGCAACUCAACCUCCAGGUGGACGGUGGUAUGGAGUGCUUAGUGGAGAUCUCCAGUAUUGUGUCAGAAUCUGAUGUGUCGUCUUUUGAGAUCCAGCACAGUGGGCUGGUGAAGCAGCUGUUGGUCUACCUGACCGCCAACACAGACAGAGAAUUGCUGAGUCGUGAUGUGCGGCUCAAAAGGUUCCUCCAUGUGUUCGGUGGCUGUCCGCCUCCAGGAAUGGAGCCCAUAGGUCGCCUGGAUCUAGCUGAGAAUGCACCUUACUUGGCCAUGGUGCACAAGAUGAACAGCUGUCUGAGCCAAAUGGAGCAAUUUCCUGUCAAGGUGCACGAUUUUCCCAGUGGCAACGGCAAUGGCAGCAGGGGGUCUCAGGCACUCAAGUUCUUCAACACACAUCAGCUUAAGUGUCAGCUGCAGAGACACCCAGAUUGCACUAAUGUUAAACAGUGGAAAGGGGGACCUGUAAAGAUCGACCCUCUGGCUCUGGUGCAAGCCAUUGAGCGGUAUCUUGUUGUCAGAGGAUACGGCCGAAUCAGGGAAGAAGACGAAGACAGUGAUGAUGAUGGCUCAGAUGAUGAAAUAGACGAAUCACUGGCGGCUCAGUUUUUGAAUUCAGGCAGCGUACGUCACAGACUGCAGUUCUACAUUGGUGACCACCUGCUACCGUACAACAUGACGGUGUACCAGGCUGUGCGGCAGUACAGUCUGCAGGCAGAAGAAGAACGGGAGUCAACAGAUGAUGAGGCAAACCCACUUGGCCGAGCUGGCAUCUGGACCAAAACGCACACAAUAUGGUAUAAGCCUGUGAGGGAGGACGAGGAUGGAAGCAAAGAUGCUGUGGGUGGCAAGAGAGGCAGAGCCCAGACUGCUCCCACCAAAACCUCACCCCGCAACGCCAAGAAGCAGGAUGAGCUGUGGCAUGAUGGUGUAUGUCCCAGCGUCAUCAAUCCCUUAGAGACAUACCUCACUUCGGAGCCACCAGAGACCAUAACUUUUGAUGACCCUUCUUUAGAGGUCAUCCUGCUGCUGAGGGUCCUGCACUCCAUCAGUAGAUACUGGUUCUACCUGUAUGAUAACGCUGCGUGUAAGGAAAUUAUCUCUACCAAUGAGUUCAUUAACAGUAAACUGACAGCCAAAGCCAAUCGUCAGCUGCAAGACCCUCUGGUCAUCAUGACUGGGAACAUCCCCACGUGGCUCAUUGAGCUUGGGAAGUCCUGCCCCUUCUUCUUCCCCUUUGACACUCGGCAGAUGUUAUUCUAUGUAACCGCCUUUGACCGUGACAGAGCAAUGCAGCGCUUGUUGGACACAAACCCUGAGAUCAACCAGUCAGAUUCUCAGGACAGCAGAGUUGCACCACGUCUGGACAGGAAAAAGAGGACGAUAAACCGCGACGAGCUCCUAAAACAGGCAGAGUCUGUGAUGCAGGAUCUCGGCAGCUCCAGGGCAAUGCUCGAGAUUCAGUAUGAGAAUGAGGUGGGCACAGGUCUCGGUCCCACUCAGGAGUUCUACGCUCUGGUGUCUCAGGAGCUUCAGCGCGCCGAUCUUGGUCUUUGGAGAGGCGAAGAGGUUACUCUGGCCAAUCCUAAAGGAAACCAAGAGGGAACCAAGUACAUGUUCAGCUCCAGAGGACUGUUUGCUGUUCCCUUCGGCAGGACGACCAAACCAGCGCACAUAGCCAAAAUCAAAAUGAAGUUCCGUUUCUUAGGAAAGCUAAUGGCUAAAGCCAUAAUGGACUUCAGACUGCUGGAUCUGCCCUUGGGGCUGCCAUUUUAUAAGUGGAUGCUACGGCAUGAGAUGUCUAUAAGCUCCCACGACCUGGUGAACAUUGAUCCCGGUGUUGCCAAGUCAAUCCAACACUUGGAGGAUAUUAUCCGCCAAAAGAAGAGGCUGGAGCAAGACCGAUCACAGACAAGGGAGACGCUACAGCAGGCUCUCGAGAGCCUGAACAUGAAUGGCUGCUCAGUGGAGGACCUGGGUUUGGACUUCACCCUUCCAGGAUUCCCAAAUAUUGAGCUGAAAAAGGGCGGCAAAGACGUCCCAGUCACAAUCUACAACCUGGAGGAGUACCUCAGGUUGGUGGUGUACUGGACUCUAAAUGAGGGAGUGUCCAGACAAUUUGAGUCUUUUAGGGAAGGGUUUGAGUCGGUCUUCCCGUUACAUCACCUGCAGUAUUUCUACCCAGAGGAGCUUGACCAGUUGCUGUGUGGCAGUAAAUCGGAGACGUGGGAUGUCAAGACGCUGAUGGAGUGUUGUCGACCGGAUCACGGAUACACACAUGACAGCCGUGCAGUUCGAUUCCUGUUUGAGGUGUUGAGCAGCUUCGAUGCCGAACAGCAAAGACUCUUUCUGCAGUUUGUCACAGGAAGCCCAAGACUGCCUGUCGGAGGUUUCCGGAGCCUGAACCCACCUCUGACGAUUGUGAGGAAGACGUUUGAGUCGACGGAGAAUCCAGACGACUUCCUCCCCUCAGUCAUGACCUGCGUCAACUACCUGAAGCUGCCUGACUACUCCAGCAUAGAGAUCAUGCGAGAGAAACUGUUGAUUGCGGCUCGCGAGGGCCAGCAGUCUUUCCACCUUUCCUGAUCUCGCCACAUCUCAACAUUAAAAUGCCUUCUACAGCAGCCGAUGAAAUCAUGACUUCCUCCUUAGUUUUUUUGUAAUCACACACAUUAAGGCUACAUGUACAGCCUUCUUGUUAGAGAAAGCAGCUUGCAGAAAAAUUAAGACUCUAAAUAUAUAUUUGCUGCCCCUGUCUCUCAAAAAAAGGAGGGGAAAAAAAAAAGAAAAAUGGAAGGGUGUUCCAUGACGCAGAACUUAAAAUAUAAAGAGAGUAAAAUCUUAUAUCAGUAGUUGAGUAAUGUUAAAAAAGAUGAAAACAUCUGGGUGACAUUUUAAAUUGCUAUGUGAUAUUUAAACAAGACAAAAAAGACAAAAAAAAAAGGGAUGUCUCCUCUCCAGAGUGGUGGACAGCAUCACUGGGUGACGGGGGAGGAAGGGGAGCGGAGAGGGCGGGUUCCAUUGAGCAAGCUAGGUUUACUUUAGCUCCAAAGAUCAUUUGUACAGACAAAUUUGCAGACUUUGCUCAUUCUACACAUUUGAUAGAAUAGCUCUUUGUUUUCACGUCUCCCCCUCAGUUCGACUGUUCGCGUUCUGUUCUGUAUUAUAUUCGCCCCCAGUUCGUGUGUUGCAUUAUUGUUAUUAUAAUUUUUUAUUUUGAUUUGGUUCGGCUUCCCCCUCCCCCCAGUGUGUCUUUGCUUCAAGUUGUGGAAAUGAAAGUUGCAGUUGGUUGAAUGCGGGUAGUGAUGAGCUCAUAUUAUCUUUUUUUUUUUUUUUUUUUUUCCCCCCCCUCUCGCUCUCUCUCCCUCUGCUCCUUCUGAGAUUGUGUUCUGGCCUCAUUUCCGAGAGCUUCAGCUCAAAUGAAGAGUUGUAACUAAUGUGUUGACCAGGUAAAAAAUUUUUUUGCUCUUAUUUUAAUAGAGUUGGUGUCUUUCUGUUGGAUCCUACCGGACGCGUAGGGUUAUCUUGGUAGACCAAGCUCUGAGCAACCCUCAACACAUAAUGUAGCUGGGCACAAAGUUUGGCUGGUCUCAUUUUUAUCGUUUCAUAGCCAGAUUAGCAUUUCAAGUUCAUUUUCUGGAAUAAAAUAUAUAUGCAGUUUCACACCCCGUUUGAAGUGGGAAUGUCUGCUUUACCUCUUUUCUCUUUUUUUUUCUUUUUUUUUUCUUUUUUUAAUUUUCUAUAUUGUCUUUAUUUCUUGCUGUAGUGGUUUUUUUUCUUUCUUUUUUUUGUUUUUUUUUCUUUGCACUGCUGGCUUGGAACAAACUGUGGUGUGCACCUGCAGUCUGUUGCCAGGGGAGGGCGCCACUGUAUGCUCUCCUGGCCCCAACGUUCAUGUGCUGGUUUCUAAGAUCUGCAAUAAUUUACUGCAUCAGGUUCAUGUUUUUACCUGAACAUAAAUAAAGUAACUGUUUGACUCAUA